AUGAGAGCAGGACUGCUCCAUCCUUGCAGUGACACCAUGGAUCCAUGUUACAACCACACAAGCUCUCAAAAUAGGAUGGACUUGCCCCUGCAGCUGCUGGUCGGGUCCUGCCUCGUCAUCCUCAUCACGAUCACCCUCUGUGGCAACAUCAUCGUCUGCCUGGCCGUCACCUUCGACCGCCGGCUCCGGAGCUUGACAAACUGCAUCAUUGUCUCCUUGGCCAUCACAGAUCUGCUGCUGGGGCUUCUGGUGCUGCCAUUCUCUGCUUUCUAUGAACUCACCAAGGAGUGGACCUUUGGCAGCGUUUUGUGCAACAUCUACAUCAGCCUGGACGUCAUGUUGUGCACGGCCUCCAUCCUCAACCUCUUCAUGAUCAGCCUGGACCGCUACUUUGCUGUCACCAGCCCGCUCCGCUACUGCCAGGUGGUCACUCCCUCCCGGGUGGCCGUGGGUUUGGUUGUUAUUUGGACCGUUUCACUGAUGGUUUCCUUCCUACCCAUCCACCUGGGCUGGAACACCAACGGGACAGCAGUGCAAAACACAGGCCCCACCUGCAACAAGGAGUGCACGCUGGCGGUGAACCCCGUGUACGGGUUAGUGGACGCCUUGCUCACCUUCUACAUCCCUUUGGUCAUCAUGUGCAUCACCUACUACCGCAUACUCAAGAUAGCGAGGGAGCAGGCCAAGAGGAUAAACCACACGUGGGGCAACACGCCCAUGCCACCCAUGGUGAAGGAGCACAAAGCCACCGUGACGCUGGCGGUGGUGCUGGGAGCGUUCAUCGUCUGCUGGUUCCCCUAUUUCACCGUGUUCACCUACCGGGGGGUGUGGGGGGACAGCAGGGUCAAAGGCACACCCAUGUCCAUUGUUCUCUGGCUGGGCUAUGCCAACUCAGCCCUGAACCCCAUCCUCUACGGGACGCUCAACAGGGAUUUCCGAGUGGCAUACCAGCACUUGCUGCAGUGCUGGAGGACGGGACACCCCAGGAACUCCCACCUGCCUCCCCUCCAGACUGCCCAGCCCAGGGGCAGGCAGGGCCAGGGCAGGCAGGAGGGUAAACCUUUGAAACUGGAGGUGAGGAACAAGAAAGGGACCCUGCUCACCGAUGGAGCCCUCAAGAGCACCGGAGCUUUUCUGUGAGUCUCAGCCAGCCCGCUGCCCUAGGACCCACAUCUCCCAGCCUUUAA